AUGGACUAUGAAUCAACUGGAAGCGAAGGCAGUGAUAACAACACUGCCCUCGCAGAUUGCUUUAAACAAGAUGGCAGCAUUGAUAUCGCAAAGUACAGUCACUAUGCUAGAGAACAAGACGCAUUAGAUGAUAAGGAAGACAAUUACCUACUGGGAAUGGGCAAUAUUGCCUCUGAAGAUGACGAAGAAGGAACAACAGCGGCAGCAACUGCAGCAACAGGAGGAAGCAGGAAACGUCGUGUUAAAUCUCUGAAACCAUAUUUCUUCGAUGAAGAAGGGAAGAAAGUAACUCUGGCACCCAGGCAGACAUUCUGGUACAUGAUGUAG